AUGGAACUGGAUAUCGCGGCCAGCCGCGCGGGAGGUAGUGCGGAGAGCAGUGGCGGGGGGCGGGGGGGUAGCGGAGGGGGAGAUCGGGUGGGGGAAGCUGCUGGGGGGACCCGCACUGGAGGUGGGCGUGCGGGUAUCCGGAAAGGGGCUUCCGCGGAGGAUCGUGGUGGUGCACGGACCGCGAGGCGUGGGGAAGAGAAGCCUGCUGGAAGAUUUGCUCCACCUCUCGAUACAGUCACACCCCCUCCUCAACCGCAGCUAUCUUCUCUUCGCUCGGACAUCGAGUCAGCUCUUGAAGCCCUAGUGCUGCGUGCUAUUAAAGAGAGGCGCCUACAGUCACACGACCUGCUGCAGGCCUUGCAGCGGCGUGUGCAUGUGGUAACCGCACUAGAGACGCUUCUUUCAGGGGGGAUUGGGGAAUCUGGGGGGAGGAGUGGGGAGGAAGGGGAGGAAAAGAGGGGGUGUGAGGGAAGGCAGGUGGAGGAGCUUUGGGAGGAGUCAUUGCGAUUGCUAUCUGCUGACUUUGGCACCCAGGCUCUUUUCCACCCACACGAGCUCUUUGGUUGGCUUCCGGACGAAGCUUCCGUGCACCUCGUUCCGUCCACCUUCACUCCCCUCCAGUGGAGGGUGGUGGAAGCUGCGAUUGGCUCCAACCCGCGCCACCUGGCGGAGUUUCAUUCGCUGUGGGCGGGCUGGCGGGAAGAGGAGGACGAGUUUGAGCGAGUGGAUAGUUGCGUGGACCACUACCUUGCUUACCUGCAUGCAACGGAGGUGGAACCAGCCAUGCAAGCAGCACUCACCCAACUCGAGAGGUUCGGAGAGCAGCUAGCUUCGGGAGAACAGCCUCGGUGGGCGGCUAGGUUCGGCAGCCCCUGGGGAAAUGCCCCGGGAACAUGGAGCAGGUGGUGGGUGGAGUGGAGGGAGGGGAAAAGAGGAAAAGAUAGAGUGAAAUGGAGCCCAGAGUCUGGUUAUGGGGUCUGUGAAGGGGAUGUGCAUGGGAGGCAGGAAGCAUUACAAAGAGACACGCAGGGAGAGAAGGAAUCAAGGUUUACCAAGGAGGGUGAAGGGCCAGAAGAGGUUUCUGUGAGGAGUGGGAAAGAGGAGGAGGGAUGGAUGGAGGAGGAGGAGGAGAAAGGGGAGUACGGACGGCAGCUGAGGGAGUGGGCGCGGUUUCAGAUGAUGGAUUUCGUUUAUGCAUUGGCAACUGCCGAGUUUGGGGUAAGCUGUGCUGCUGCUGCUGCCGCUGCUGCUGCCGCUGCUGCUGCCGCUGCUGCUGCUGCUGCUGCUGCUGCUGCUGCUGCUGCAUUGUUUGGGAUUUGCUGCUAG